GUGUGUAACCAUUUUUGUCCCGAGCUCGAGUGUGUAAGUUUAUGCUUGGAGUCUAUGUGAGCGAGCGAGAGAGAGAGAGAGAGGGGUAUUGGGUGGCAGCGUAAUGGGAAACCGGAGGUUUGCGCAGAUAUCGACGACCGAUGAGGACGAAGAGGAAGAGGCGCUGCCAAGGCAAAAGUCCUCGAAUACAGUGGAGGGCCAGCCGAGGCUGAGGAGGCUGAAGCGUAUGAAUCUUGCAGAGGAAAAAGAGGAGCCACGUCAGAAGAGGAAGGAGAAGAAAAAGAAGUCGGAGAAGAAGGAUAGGGAAGUACCGCAUAGCGGCGACGAGGAGGAACAGCAGGAGGAAGCAAAACCGAUCGGGGAGCCGGUUAGGAUUUCGGGGAAAGGAAAAGGACGGAGGACCCACUACGAGGCAUUCGAGUUUGACGGGAACCGAUAUGACCUGGAGGAUCCUGUGCUUAUAGUUCCCGAGGAUAAACAAAAGCCUUACGUGGCAAUUAUUAAGGAUAUUACUCGGGCAAAAGAUGGGAAUGUGUUGGUAAAUGGGCAGUGGUUUUAUCGCCCUGAGGAGGCAGAGAGAGGAGGUGGUGGAAGUUGGCAAUCACGCGAUACAAGAGAGUUGUUUUACAGUUUCCAUCGUGAUGAUGUCCCAGCAGAAUCUGUGAUGCACAAGUGUGUGGUUCAUUUUGUUCCCAUAAACAAGCAGAUUCCAAGUCGUAAACAGCAUCCUGGGUUUAUCGUACAAAAGGUGUAUGACACUGUUCAACACAAACUGUGGAAACUAACUGACAAAGACUACGAAGAUAGCAAGCAGCAUGAGAUUGAUCUUCUUGUUCAGAAAACUCUAUCAUGCUUGGGGGAUCUUCCUGACAUUGAAACUGAAGAUACUUGUGUGGAUAAGGAAGAUCAGUUUAAGAGUAAACGGUCCUUAAGCAGAAAGAACAUUUCACCUAUUGAUGUUUCAAGGGAGGAAGAAGCCAGGCCAGAUCAAAAUCAGACACCUGGAAGCUGUACUAAUAAUUCCUCAGAACACCACAAUAUUUUAGUCAAUUUCAAUGCGUUAACCGGAGACAACCAUCGUGAUAAAUGCCUGGAGAAGCUUCUUCAAGGAAUUCAAUACAUGUGCAACCCUGUUGAUAGCGUGCAUGGAGAUGACAAAGAAAAAGGUGGUUCUAAUGGCAUUAGCCAUGAAAGUGAGAAUAAGUGUCAAGAAGUUGCAAAUGAAUCUCAAGAAAAGAGCCUAAAGAGUGGUGACUCUUUUCUUUGGCCGGAUGCUGCUGUUCCUGCUGUAACUGCACUUGAGCAGGCUGCACAUGAUACUCUUUCCUUAGACUUUCAGAAGUAUAACCAAAAGAUGAGGUCGCUGGUUUUUAAUCUCAAGAACAAUGCACUUUUGGCUCGACGCCUUCUUAAUGGAGAGUUGGAACCAUCAAAAAUACUGAAUAUGUCGCCAAAUGAAUUAAAGGAGGGGUUAAUGGCUGAGGAAACAGCGAGAAAGGAGCCCGAGGAGUCAGAGCGCAUGCAGAUGACAGAUGCUCGUUGCUCAAGGUGCAAUGAGUUUAAGGUCGGCGUAAGAGACAUUAUACAAGCAGGACAUGGAGAACGCUAUCAGUUGGAGUGUAUUGCCUGUGGUCAUUCCUGGUAUGCCUCUAGGGAUGAGGCAUCCAAAUUGACAAUAGAUGCGCCAAGUACGUCCAGAAGCGUUGGCACAGCACCUUGGGCCACUGCCAAGUUUGAAGAUAUAGAGAAGAAGCUGGUGAGUCCUCGUGAAUCUGACAAGUCAGCCAAUGAUGUUCUAAAAAAUGCAAGUGAUGCGAGCAUGCCCAUCCUGGAUUCUCAGAAAUCGUUUGGCAGGUCCAAAAUGGAAGAAAAACCCGAACCUGCUAGCAAUGACGACUAGAAUCUGUUGACCGUCGCAGUUUUGGGUCACUGACGAAGUGUUUUAUUUGUUUGAUGAAUUACCCUUUUGUAUAGUUUUACUGUUGGUGAGCUUAAUGUAGACUCUUGAGCAAAUAGAAGAAGUUAUCUCAUA